AUGGCUUCUCCUUCGCGCCCGAAUUUUAUCGACCUCCGGUCUACAUCAUCGACGUCUGUCGCUACCAAUGCCUCUCGUCCGCUGCGAUCCCCCAGGUUGCAUGUUGCAGGAGAGGCUCCUCCUGCUCUUUCGCCGUUGGAUGCCUUCGCUGCGCAGAGCCGGCUGCUUCAGAAGCAGCUGGAGGAAAGUCAGAGGAAUGGGCGGAGAAUGAGCCGACUACCUCCUCUUACGACAGAGAGCCCGUUGGUUGUACAAGGCCGCUCUGAGUACUUCCGAGCGCUUUCAUAUGACUCAACAGAAGGGAACGACGGCAUCCCCCUUGACGAGAACAGUGUGGGAAUGACCACAUCUGUGGAAGAACAUGCCGACAGGCCCGUGUCAAUGCACCCACGUAUGAGUCGCAUUCCGCCUACACCCGACCAGAACAUUCCGCUACCAAAUCCAUUUGAGCGAGGUAGGCAAUUGGGACGUCUGGACGAGCAUGAGGCAAAGGGUAUCUUUGGUGUGCGACGAGAGCAAUCUCCCGCCGAGUUCGAUGACCUAGACGUUCCCCCAGACCAAAAACCUGCAGAUCACGAUGCCCAUCUCAAUGAGCCAUCGAGCGCAAACCAGUCCGUCUCGAUACCGCCAUCACCAGAAAAGCUCACCCGACAGAUAUCACAUGAAUCCGGUCUUGCGCCUCCGCGGUCCAUGUUUCCAAAGAGGUCUUCAAGUAUCAUGUCACAACCAGUGGAGAUGCCAAAUGAUGACAAUUUGAGCGCUUCAUUUCACUCCCAGCACUCUCAAAGCGCUCCUCGCAAGAUGUCAGCCAGCAGCACUCUCGGGCCGGUGGCGUCUCCCAUCACGGGAACAAAUCGGCCAUACGCAAGGUCUCCUUCCAUCAGCUCCGUAGCUUCGUUGCCGAGACCAUCUUUCAAUUUCUCCAGACCCCUAAGUCGAUCUGGUACACCUGGCCUCGAAACGCCUCAGCGACAAGCAUCGUCAGAUAGCCAACCUUCGUUUAUGCUUAUGGAUGACACUGCCCAUACGCCAAUUAGCAUGCACAGUGAAACAUUUGCCGACGACGAAAGUGUGAGAGGCGCUCCGUCUUAUAUUCACACCAAGUAUUACUUACCAAGAGGCAAGGCAUUGCAGCGCAAUUCGCUGAUAUUCAACCCAAACGAUGUGUCUCAGUUUGCGUGGGAACAGCCAGUGGUUGGGCCAAGCAAUGUGCAGCCCUUCGCCAAAGGUCAGGCACCACCAUCGCCACCGUCUAGGCCCACCAGCUCCUCGUCACAUAACCUGGAAGCACCCACGUCCGGCGAUGCGCUCCUGGCACGACCAUCAUUGGAGCGAAGUAAGCUGUCUAAUGAGAUGUCGAUCAGCGGCGAGCCAUCACCGAGACCAUCCGAAGAUGCGCCUAGGGGUCGACAGCCAGCCGACCAGAGCCGAGGCCGGACCUCCAUGUCAACAAGUGACUCGGCAAGUACUAUAAAGCCUGCAAAGUCAGUGGCACCAACUGCCGCCGAGACAAGCGCAGAGGAGCAUCUAGCAAAGGGCAUCAAGUGCCAUGAGAAUGGAGAUGUGAAAGAAUCUACAUAUCAUUUGCGCUUUGCUGCCAAGGGUGGAAACCCAACGGGUAUGCUGUUGUAUGCUCUUGCGUGUCGACAUGGAUGGGGCAUGCGUCCGAACCAAAAGGAGGGUGUAGAAUGGCUACGCAAGGCAGCAGACUGCGCGAGUCUGGAAAUCGCCGAGGACGAAGACCAGGUCAAGCACAACAAGAAUGUUGAUCCCGCCGAACGUAAAACUCGAAAGGCCCAAUUCGCUCUUAGCAUCUACGAGCUAGGCGUCAGCCACAUGAACGGUUGGGGCAUUGAGCAAGACAAGGCACUGGCCGUACGAUGCUUUGAGAUUGCUGGCAACUGGGGCGAUGUGGAUGCCCUUGCCGAGGCCGGUUUCUGCUACGCUCAAGGCAUAGGUUGCAAGAAAGACCUGAAGAAGAGCGCAAAAUUGUAUCGUGCAGCCGAGGCAAAGGGUAUGAGUAUGCCCGGCAACAGUUGGAUCCACAAACCCAAGUAUGCAGAUGAUGCCGUUGAUAAAAAGCAGAGGGCUCGCAGCAAGUCAAGGAGUCGUGGCAUCUUCAGAAGACGAGACACAGGAACUUAA